CGUAACGGAUGUACCAUAACGAGGCAAAAGAGUGUAGAGCGCUUGAAGUGGUUCGAUAAAUGUUAUAAAUGCUUAUAAUCGCUGUUUGUUUCUGAUUAAAGUGAAUAUUUGAUGUUUGUGGAAGUGUACGGUAUGAGCGUUAUGAGCUUGUGAAAAUGAUUAAUAGUAUUAAUAAACACAUAAGAUGAAUUUUCUGAUAUGAAAUUAUCUAAUUGUAAGGGGCGAUAAAGUGGCUCAUUUAGAUAUGGACUCUCGGCGAAGCACAGCUGUGCAAUUUUUUAUGGAGGAAGAUAACAAUAAGAUUGUUGAGUGGUUAAAUCAAGCAGCAUUGUCAACAGACAACACUAAAACUGAUUAUCUUCGCCGAGUUCAAGAAAUCAUCAUCAACAAGGAUGCAAGUUUGUUGGAUAACUUCUUAGAUGAAGUUCUGGGUUUCCAAAAUGAUCGCAGUGGUGAUGUACGGAAGUUCAUCGUAGGCUUCAUUGAAGAAGCAUGUAAGAAAGAUCCUGAUGUAUUACCAAAAGUUGUGGCAAAUUUGUCUAUGCUACUACAAGAUUCUUCAGUCCAAGUUCAGAAACGAGUCAUUCAGGCGGCAAGCCAGGUAUAUCGUGGGGCAUUAGCUUGGCUUGCUAAAGCCCGGGCCAUCUCAGAAGAAAUGGAAGCAGCAUGGGCUAUGAUGGGGAGUAUCAAAGCACAGAUUGUAAAUAUGAUUGAUAGUGAUAAUGAUGGUAUUCGAACCCACUCUGUGAAGUUCCUGGAAUGCGUAGUCCUGUUGCAGACUUACCCUGAAGUAGAUAGUAUGAGAAGGGACAAUGACUUUUCUCUGGAAGAUGUUCCUCUGACGUUGAAGAUUGCACGGAGACGAAAACUUGAAGAAGAGGCUAACAUGGUAUUUGACCUUCUGAUUAAGUUCCAUGGUUCACCACAUGUCAGCAGUGUUAACUUGAUGACCUGUAUGGGUUCUCUCACUCUUAUUGCAAAGAUGCGACCACAGUUCAUGGGGAAGGUGAUAGCUGCUCUUGAGACUCUGCACACCAACCUGCCACCAACACUUUCCAAAUCACAAGUUAGUUCUGUGAGAAAGCACUUGAAGAUGCAGUUGCUGAAUCUACUGAAACAUCCAUCGUCAGUGGAUUACCACAAUAAUAUCACCACAUUGCUUACUGACUUGGGUGCUACAUAUCAAGAGGUGCUGAAAUCCUACCCAAAGAUUGAGGAACUUCGAAGGCGCCAGAAGCGUGUGGCAGAAACCUUGUCAUCUUCUCAGGCUGCAGUAAGUGCCAGCAAGAAAUCACGAUUGGAUAUAGAUGAUGAUGAUGAAGAGGAAGAGGAGGAUGAAGAAGGAAUGGAUGAUAUUCAUAGCACAGAUGUACAUCACAAGAAGCAUACUGACCUGGCCAUCGAUGUUACAGAGCAGUUUAUAGUUGAGCGACUGUCUCCAGAGUUUGCUGCUCAGCUUGUCAUACUCUCUAUGGCAAAACUUCCUGAUUCUAUGCCACCAAACUUCAGUGCCAUGUACACUCCUAUAGCAGCAGCUGGAACCCAGGGUCAGAUCAGGCACGUGGCUCGGCUCAUAGCCACCCAACUUACUGCAGUUGGACUUGGACCAGGAGCAAGACAGGCCAAGAAGCUGCAAGUAAUUCCGAAGGCUGCAUCUCUUGAUGAUGACGAUGAUGAAAUGCCUAGCUCAACCAAGAGCUCCAUAUCCACUGUUGUAAGUGGUUUAAUGGAAAAGGAGAAAGAGGGUCGCUUAAAGGCUGCAACACUAUUACCAUCUGGUGGCUCUCUGAAGGCUGUGAAACAACGCAUGAAAACAUUGAAACUUUCUGAGAUCACACGACCUUUAGAAAAUGAGGUGAUGUUAAAGAUGAUGGCUGAUGCUGUGCAGAGAAUUUUGAAAGCAGAGAGAGCUGCAGCAUUAGGUGGCGUGACAGUAAUACGCACCAAAAUCAUCACUACCCUGGCUGCCACUUUCAACAGGAAAGUUAGAGAAGUGGUGUUGAACUUCCUGUUGGAAGAUGUGAGGACUCAGCUCGAUCUAGGAUUUGCUUGGCUGUAUGAGGAAUACAGCUUUAUGCAAGGAUUCAAUAGAAUGCCCGCAUUCCUCAAGCAAGAGCAGAGCCCUGAGUACAGCUACAACAGGCUACUGUGUACAUUGGCAAGAAAUUUAAUUGAGAGGGCAGAAAUGAAAGACAGAGAUGUUCUUCUAGCUCGCUUGUACCUAGAAGCACCGCUGAUAACGGAAGAAGCAACAGAUCUCUUGAAGAAUAUGUGUGGUGAUGAGACUCGGGCACCUGUCGGAUUACACCUGUUGCAGGACUUGGUUACCCGUCGACCUCCCAAACAACUGACAUUCCUCAAUGGCCUUCUGCUGCAUACUGCCCAUGAAAAUCCUGAGGUUCGUGGACGUGCCAUAAAGGCUGUGGUGGAACUGUAUGAUCGCGGGGACCUGCGUAGCAUCAUAGAAGAGUAUGCUAUAUUAUAUCUUGGUUUCCUUCGCCUGCGUCAACCACCAGAUGUCCUUUUUGGUAUGGACAGGGGACGUCCUAUCAAGAGUGACGUUUGGAGUGAGGACAUUGUCAAAGUGUGCCUCUAUCUGUACCUAGCCUUGCUCCCUAUCAAUGAGAAACUAAUUCACGAGCUGACUAGAGUGUAUGUACAAACUGUGGCUGAUGUGAAACGGACAAUUCUCCGCCUAUUGGAGCAACCUGUGAGAGGGAUGGGAAUGGACUCACCUCAGCUACUUAAACUUGUAGAAGAGUGUCCAAAAGGAGCUGAAACACUGGUCACAAGGGUUAUCCAUAUACUCACUGAUAAGACUCCUCCAAGUGCAGAGUUGGUUGCACGGGUACGUGAUCUGUACCACACACGAGUGUCUGAUGUACGGUUCCUGAUUCCUGUACUGAAUGGGCUGACAAAGAAGGAGGUUAUAGCUGCAUUACCAAAACUUAUCAAGCUGAACCCUGUUGUUGUGAAAGAAGUCUUUAACAGGUUACUGGGAACACACUCGGAGGGUGUGAACCAUACAUCACCUCUUACUCCUGCAGAGCUUCUUAUUGCUUUACACAAUAUUGAUCCUUCUAAGUGUGAACUUAAAACUGUUAUCAAAGCCACAUCAUUGUGCUUCGCUGAGAAACAGGCAUACACACAGGAAGUUCUGGCUGUGGUGAUGCAGCAUUUGAUGGAGCUGAAUCCAUUGCCAACAUUACUGAUGCGAACAGUUAUACAGUCUCUCUCUCUAUAUCCAUGGCUCAUAGGUUUUGUCAUGAACAUCCUACAAAGGCUAAUAUUGAAACAGGUUUGGAAACAAAAGAAAGUGUGGGAAGGGUUCAUCAAGUGUUGUCAGCGAACAAAGCCACAGAGUUUCCAGGUGUUACUGCAGCUUCCGCCUGCCCAGCUCAGUGAUGUGUUGGCCACCUCACCGGAUUUGCAGCAACCACUGCUGUCCCAUGUCAUGGCUUUCACAGAGAAUCAGCGUGCCCACAUUCCACAAUCCAUCAUGGAUGUCCUGCUAGGCAAUAAAAGGCCCCAUUUAGAAGAAUAUGAUGUCAGGAUGGAAGCUAUGUCUCCAUCUGAACUAACAAUAGAUAUCCGAGAUGAACCUGAAGAGAUUCGAUCUGAGCCAGCUCCCCCAGGAAUGGACUGAGAGAGCAACCUCCAGAAUUGGUGUGUAAUAGAGCCACAAGUGUUUGUGCUGCCAACAGCUGAGGGUAUGAAUUUACACGGAUGUCACUGUUAAAUUUGUAGUUAUAUAAAAAUUGUAUUAAUAAAACUGCAUUUACUGUGCUACACUGUUAUGCUUAA